AUGAAUCAUCAGAGGAUGAUGGCUGAGGUAGCCUGGGAUGUUGGGAGCUUGGGACCAGCUAGCUCUCUUGUAAACUAUGAUAGAUCUUGGGCUAACUGUCUUUCAAGUUACUUAUACAACUGGAUUAGUUUAGAUGAAUCAUCAGAGGAUGAUGGCUGGGGUAGCCUGAGAUGUUGCGAGUUCCCGACGGAGUGGAACGGUCGGUGGUUUCAGUCGGGGAACGACGAGCUGGUGACGGUGAACGGACCCAACAUGACCAGCAAGGGUGUCUGCAUCGACACCAAAGAUGAUAAGUUCCUGAUCCACGACAGGAAGGAGAAUUGCUAUCGCUGCAUCGUGAUGCACAUGAAACAUCCAAACGUGCUUCAGUAUAAAGAAACCUACUGUAACACGGAGGAUCCAAAGCCUAGCUUGUCGUCAACGUGCAACGCGUUGACCACAGACGACUGUCUCAAUUCGUUGUUCCGCACGGGAGCAGCACCAAUUCCCUGUCCCUUCAAAGGUCCGUUGGAGUUCUCGUACAGCCGUGGAGAGGAGGAGUGCAAAUCGCCGUCCUCUACUGCGGAGACAUGCACCCAGGAGUCGCGAUUACUCUUGCGGUACCAGGCGUGCGCAAACGUUCUCUACUCUGAGAGUGUUGAUGUGGAGCUAGAAUGUUUCGCCACGUGGAAGGAGGGCAGCACGCACAAUUUGGUCGCGCGGUUGCAUCUGAAAACGAUCCCUGAUCGGGAAACGAGCAAGGAGGAGAGCUACAGAUGCUUCAUUUAUCAGCAAACGUCGAACAGCUCGUGGAAUUUGGCGCAAAGUGCCGAUGCCGGUUGCAGCGGCUUCAGUGUCAAUGACGCUGCCAAGACGUACAAGAUGUGGCAGAUGGCUAGCCUUAGAUCGAAUAUCGUCUCGACUUCUGGCGUCGCCUUAUAACCUGACGAUGAUGAUCGAAGGGAGACUCGUCUUCUCUGUCACUCCAUUGCGCCGAUCAACGAUCAUCAUUAUCAUCAUCCUUUGAACCCUGACAGAGAAAGUCAGGUGAUGUAUGUGGCGAAGGCUACCGUCGACUGUACCAACGGUUACAUGUGCCUGAUGUUCCAUCGAAGGGACGACCACAUAAUAGAGAUGCAACUGUCGGAAUGGAGCCAACAGACCGAGAACGUGUGCAACUCGAGCAUGUUUAACUCCCGCUCGACGCCGUACACGACGUUCAUUGCGUCUGAUCCGAUGACCAGGCAGUGCCCGAACCUGGGUCGUUACAAGAUCGUGUCGGUGUUCCAUGCACACUCGAACGACAGCUCCGACGACAUAUUGGGCGGGGGCGGAAGGCAGAACGUCGCGAACGCCGCCGAGGUUCAGGACGCCAGAGUUACGCCGACACCUAAUCCGACUCGAUGCCGUUAUGGAAGCGUCCGCCAAUUGGAUAUCGGUUGCAAGACACCGGAUCGCAUGGAGUUCGCUUCAUCUUGCAGCGACGAGGCACCGUACCUUUCAGAGUACUGGUGCCACGGGAGCUGGAUCGAAAACGGCACAGCUUAUUUGGUCGCGAGCACAGACGUCGGCCGUUACUGUCUCGUUUACAGUGCAUCAACCGCGGCGACAGGAAGUCGUGAACUCUCGGUGACGGGUCAUCUUGCUUCCUGUCCGAGGACCUCUCACCGUCAUCUAAUAUCGUGGCAGGUCAACCUCACGUCGUACGCUCAAUGCGGCGAGAUUUCAACGGCCACGUCGUGGACGUACCGCAUCUCAGCCUCGAUGUACAUCUUCGUUGUCCUCGGUGUCCUGUUCGGCAGGUACAUCGUGAGGUGAUGCUACUGAGUGGAGAGACCGGGCCACGCAGGGACGGCCGUGUAGUCAGCGAACAGCCACACACCACAAAACCAAAAACAGCGAAGCAAACAACAAC